UAAUUAUGAAGGUUAAAAUAUUACAGUGGCAUGGUGUAGCUUCCUGGACAUGGGAUGCACAAGAUGAGACAUGUGGUAUAUGUAGGAUGCCCUUCGAUGGCUGUUGCUCUGAUUGUGAACGCCCUGGAGAUGACUGCCCUCUAAUUUGGGGUGCAUGCGACCACGCAUUUCAUCUCCAUUGCAUCUUAAAAUGGGUCAACUCACAAACAUCUCAAGCAAAUUGCCCUAUCUGCCGCAGGGAGUGGCAAUUCAAAUAG